CUCAUCACAAUCCGUAGAAUCCUCUUGUUCUCGAUCACUGUCCUCGCCGUCUCCUUUGUAGCUUAUAAAUCAGGCCAGUGGACCGCAGACCAGAAGAUAUCAGUGCCUGGUCACGCGGAAGAAGAUACCUCAGAGAAGCCCCAGUCACCCGUACCGUCAACAAACAAUACCGCACCUUCAAACACCUCAAAUAACAGCACAGACAUGUCUUCCGCUGGAAAGUACAGCGUCGGCUACUUCGUGAACUGGGGAAUCUACGGAAGAAAGUUCCCACCUUCACUCAUUCCCGUCGACGACCUCACACACAUUCUAUACGCAUUCGCCAACGUCAAGUCCGAUAGCGGAGAAGUCGUACUUUCCGAUACCUGGGCAGAUACCGAUAUUCAUUACCCUGGGGAUUCUUGGAACGAUAGUGGCAAGAACCUCUAUGGCAACUUCAAAGCAAUCUACAAGCUCAAGCAGCAACACCGCCACCUGAAGGUCAUCCUAUCCAUCGGUGGCUGGACCUAUUCCCCUAACUUCCACCCUGUCGUUGUGAACCCGGCCCUGCGCUCCAAGUCUGUUGCAUCUGCCAUUCGGCUAUUAGAAGACCACGGACUGGAUGGGCUCGACAUCGACUACGAGUAUCCGCAGAACGACGAACAAGCGCGCGGUUACGUGGCCCUCCUUCAGGAACUGAGAGCAGGGCUCGACGCCCACGCGAGCCGCAAAGGGGCUGAUUACAGGUUCCUAUUAACAAUUGCAGCUCCUUGCGGCCCUGACAACUACCAGAAGCUGCACGUACGCGAGAUGGACCAGUCGCUCGACUUCUGGAACAUGAUGGCCUACGACUUCGCCGGUUCCUGGGACAAGGUCGCGGGCCACCAGGCGAACGUCUUCGGUGGCCAAAUCAGUGCUUCUCAGGCUAUCAGCUGGUACAUCGGCCAGGGCGUCCCACGCGACAAGAUUGUCGUCGGCGUCCCCCUCUACGGGAGAAGCUUCAUGAACACCGAGGGCCCUGGCGCUCCCUUCAAUGGUCUCGGGCCUGGCAGCUGGGAGCAAGGCGUGUACGAUUACCGCGCGCUCCCGCUCCCAGGCUCGUACGUCUUCCAGGACGACAAGGCGAUCGCGAGCUGGACGUACGACUACAACAAGAAAGAGAUGAUCAGCUUCGACUCGGAGCAGGUCGGGCUCUGGAAGGGCGAGUGGAUACGGCGCGAGGGGUUGCGAGGCAGCAUGUUCUGGGAGCUAAGCGGAGACAAGGGCUCCCCCCGCGACGGCAUGGAGUCAGGGCCCGGGAAAGACCCGCAGCCAGGGCGGAGUCUCGUGGCGGUCGUCAAAGAUGCGAUGGGCGAGCUGGACCGGAGCCCCAACUGGUUGCAGUACGAAGGGAGCCAAUAUGACAAUCUGAGAGCUGGUAUGCCGUAAGAGGUACGGACAAAGACGAGUUCUGUACGAUAUAUAGCUAUGAUAUGUAUCUGAUAAUCGUCACUGAACAAGGUCCGGGCUAGUGCGUAGUCAGAGGAAGACUACCGGCUGAGGCGCGUAUCUUCGAACGC